AUGCCUUCAUCUAAGGGAGAACCUACCGACCCUGAGUUCCGAGAGAAAUUGAAGGAAGAGAUCAAGCAAGAGCCUAACAAGAGUGGUGGCGGCGAAGGCCAAUGGUCAGCGUGGAAAGCUUCGAAGCUCGCAAAGGAAUACGAGAAGCAAGGCGGUGACUAUGAAAAUGAAGCUGGAUCCAAGAACGAGCCAAAGAAAGGCGAGCCGCAACACAAGAGUGAAGGAAAGAAGAAUCGAGAGCUUGAAGAGAAAUGA